CCCGUUCACCCUCGUCCAUCCUCCCUUCCCGAAGCUCGCCCUCGAAGGCAGGAACGGCCGGCGCCUGCGGCUGAGGAGGAGGAGGUGGGGGAAUCGCGCCGGGCGGAGCGUCAGCUCCCGUUUUCCUCCUCGGCGUCUUGAAUACAAAGAUUACGGUGCAGAAGGAAAUUGCACUCGCCUUCUCCGCCCCCCGCCCCGGUACCCAACACAAUGCACCAGCCGCCCGAGUCCACGGCGGCCGCGGCCGCUGCAGACAUGAGUGCUAGGAAGAUGGCGCACCCGGCAAUGUUCCCUCGAAGGGGCAGCGGCGGGGGCAGCGCCUCCGCUCUCGGUGCAGCAGGUACCGGCGUCGGUAGUAGUGCCCCAUCUGCCGAGGAUUUUCCGCCUCCGUCGCUGCUCCAGCCGCCGCCUCCUGCAGCAUCUUCUCUGUCGGGACCACAGCCUCCGCCUCCACAAAGCCUGAACCUCCUUUCGCAGGCUCAGCUGCAGGCACAGCCUCUUGCGCCAGGCGGAACGCAGAUGAAAAAGAAAAGUGGCUUCCAGAUAACGAGUGUGACCCCGGCUCAGAUCUCCGCUAGCAUCAGCUCGAACAACAGCAUCGCAGAGGACACGGAGAGCUACGACGACCUGGAUGAGUCUCACACGGAAGAUCUGUCGUCUUCCGAGAUCCUUGAUGUGUCGCUUUCCAGGGCCACGGACUUAGGGGAGCCUGAACGCAGCUCCUCGGAAGAGACUCUCAAUAACUUCCAGGAAGCCGAGACACCUGGGGCGGUCUCUCCCAACCAGCCCCACCUUCCUCAGCCUCAUUUGCCUCACCUUCCACAACAGAACGUUGUGAUCAAUGGGAAUGCUCAUCCACACCCCCUCCAUCACCACCAUCCCAUUCAUGGCCACCACCUGCACCACGGGCCCCACCACCCAUCCCAUGCCGGUGUGGCCAGUACAUCCAUCCCUGGAGUGCCGCCCUCAAGCCCAGGGUCCAGAAAACUCUCGGCCGCGGGAAGCUCUGACGGUGUUAUGCCAGUUGCACCAACUUCUGCUGUAUCAUCGAGUGGCUCACCGGCAUCUGUCAUGACUAGUAUCCGUGCUCCGAGUACUACCGGCAGCCUAGGUAUAAAUUCUGUUACAGGCACGAAUACAAUGAAAAACGUUAACAUCACUGCUGUGGGUAGUUUUAAUCCUGCUGUGACCAGCAGCAUGCUUGGUAACGCUAAUAUAAGUGUGAGCAGUAUCCCCAGUGCUGCUAGUGUGAGUGUCGGGCCUGCAGUGAGCAGCGGGGUUAAUGUGAAUAUCUUGAGUGGCAUGGGCAAUGGUACGAUUGCUUCCUCCGCGGCCCUUAACAGCGCUGCCAGUGCAGCUGCGGGCAUGACUGUGGGGUCCGUUUCGAGUCAGCAGCAACAGCCAGCCGUUAACACGUCCAGGUUCAGAGUCGUGAAGUUAGAUUCUACUUCUGAGCCUUUCAAAAAAGGUCGAUGGACUUGCACUGAGUUCUAUGAAAAAGAAAACGCCGCCAUACCCGCCACCGAAGGGGUGGUGGUAAAUAAGGUGGUGGAAAGUGUAAGACAAAACCCGACCGAAGCCACUUCCGAGAGGGAGAGCACGAGUGGGAGCUCCGUGAGCAGCAGCGUCAGCACACUGAGUCACUACACGGAGAGUGUGGGCAGCGGAGAGAUGGGCACCCUGGCGGCCCCGCCGGUGCAGCCACAGCCGCCCCCGACCCUUCCAGGGGUGGCCCUUCCGCAGAUGGACUUCAGUGGCGCCGCUCCACAGGGCAUUUCAGCAGUUAGCAUCCCUCAGAGUAUUUCUCAGUCACAGAUCUCGCAGGUACAGUUACCGUCUCAAGAACUGGGCUAUCAGCCGAAGCCAGGUCUUCAACCAGUACCUCUGCAAGCCGGUAUCCAGCCGUCACCUGUUGGUGUGGUGGGCGUCACUUCGGCUUUAGGUCAGCAACCUUCCAUCGCCAGCCUGGCUCAACCCCAACUGCCGUAUUCCCAGGCGGCCCCCCCAGUGCAAGCUCCCCUGCCAGGCGCGCCACCCCAACAGGUACAAUAUGGCCAGCCGGCGCCAGCUGUGGCCCCUCCGAUGGCCCCAAGCCACGGUACAUCAGUGACUCCGAACCCCGCCUCCGAGUAUGUUCAGCCCUCACCGCUUCUCCAAACAGCGGUGUCCUCUGGACAGCCCACUUCUGCAGGGGUGGCCCUGGGAGCCACGGUGAUUCCUAUGGCUCAGCCACAGAGCAUCCAGCUCCCAGUGCAGCCCGCGGCAGUCCAAGCACAACCUGCAGGGGCCGCUGGCCAACCUGUUGGCCAGGCUCACACGGCAGUAGCUGCUGUACCUGCCGGCAGUCAAGUCGCGAAUAUUGGUCAACAGACAGGCCUACCAUCGGCACUGCAGCAGCCUUCCGCCCAAGUCACACCUUCAGUUAUCCAGCAAGGUGCUCCUCCGUCUUCACAGAUAGUGCCACCUGCUCCAGCUGCGAUCCUUCAUCAGGGAGUCCAGCCCAGCGCUUCAAGCCUUCCUCAACAACUGGUCAUUGCACCCCAGAGCACCCUGUUACCUGUGCCUCCCCAGCCACAGGGGGUCGAGUCGGUAGCUCCAGGAGUGGUUUCGAAGCAGUUGCCUGCAGUUAGUCCUUUGCCCUCUGCUAGUAGUAUUUCUGUUACGAAUCAGGUUAGUUCAGCUGGUCCUUCUGGACUGCCUUCUGCCCCGACAAACUUGGUUCCGUCACAGAAUAUAGCACAAGCCCCCGCCACUCAGAAUGGUAAUUUGGUUCAAAGUGUCAGUCAGCCUCCCUUGCUAGCAUCCAAUAUAAAUUUGCCUUUGGCACAACAGCUACCACUCAGUUCUGUUCAAUUCUCCGCACAAUCAUUAGCUCAGGCAAUUGGAAGCCAAAUCGAAGAUGCCAGGCGCCCAGCGGAACCCUCCUUAGUUGGCUUACCUCAGACCAUCAGUGGUGACAGUGGGGGAGUGUCAGCAGUUUCAGAUGGCAGUAGCAGCAGCCUUGCAGCCUCUGCUUCUCUUUUCCCGUUGAAGGUGCUACCGCUGACGACACCCUUGGUGGAUGGCGAGGAUGAGAGCUCUCUAUUUCAGUGCUUCUCUCCUACCAGAGGUGCAAGGAGUGAUCCUAGAACCACAGAUACAGCCAAGACCACGGAGAGCUUUUGACGUCAGGGGUCCACUUUCUCCACUGAACCUUUGGAGGCAGAAUAUCCAGCUUCUGGAGAGAGUUGGGAAAGGGUAAUAAACAAGUGGGUGCUUUCCAUUAUUUACUUGGGUUUAUUUAUAGACUGGAGUGUCCUUCCAUUGCCCAUGUAAUUCUGUUGUUUACUCCUUGGGUUCAUAGAAGAACCAAGUGGGGCUGCAAUCUGUUUGUUUUUCUAAGAAUGCUAACUAGUGCCCUUUCAGAAAAGAGACUUAAGAUGUAGUUAAUUUUCUCUCCAGAUAAUUAAAGCAGUGGCUGAUUUGGGGGCACUGAUUUGGUGAAUGCCUGUGUAGUCCACAGGAAUUUUUAAAAGGAAAUAUUUUCCCAUUUUAACCUUUACUGGUAUUAGUGUACUUCUCAGUGCUCUUUUAUAUUCCAGUAUUUAAGAAGUUUCUGUAUUUUGUCUUUGGGCAAACUGGACAUCUGAAUUUUCCUAAUUUACACCAUCUGAUGUCCAGGUGUUAUCCUGCCCUAUUAGUGACAACUUUUUGGUCUAUUCUCCUAUGUUGAACUUUAGGACUUCAUAUCAGGUAGAUCUUUAACAAGAUGCAAUGAUAGUACCAUUAUGGUUUUACUGUCAAAUCUAGCCUUCAUUCUUUAAUACAAUACAUACGAAUGAAUGUUUCAGGAGAUACUAUCCCUGAAAGCUUUGUUAAAUAUACUCACAAGUAGUUUUCCAGUCCCUAGGAAUAAUGUUAUUUGUGGCAAAAGAACCUUGUCCUAGAUUUUCCCCAUGGCAUUAAUACAGUUUUCUGUUAGUAUCUUUGAUGCCAAGGGUAGGAUUUGAUUUCAGGAAGUUCUUAUCAUCUACAGUGGGUAGAACAUGAACUUUGGUGCCUUUGGCAAGUUUUCAUUUUUUCCUUGGUGGAUUCCUUCUGUAACUCCAGGUAUCUUGAUAAUGGGAGACCGGUUUAUUUGUUCUCUAAUUGCCCAGAUUUCUUUCAACUGGUAAACAUCCUCCUUCAGCCAAAGGAACUCCUCUAGCAGAGCCUUCAUGGAUGAUAUCUGUCACACAUGCAGCAACUGCAGUUUGGAAGGCAGUGGUGAACGGAGCCACGCACUAUAUCUAGAAGACACAAGGAUGAGAGAGCCACCUGACCUUGCCAUUGACAAACUUUAAGAAUUCUCUCUGGUGUACUCUUGAUCUGGAAAUGGAAAGGCUCAGAUAAUGACGUAAUUUUCUCAGAUUGGAACUUUACAUGACCAUGAAACUAUUCCUUUCUAUUCAGAAGACUGAACUAGAGGAAGCAUGAGAGACUCCUUUCCUUAAAAAAGCAGCUCUCUAUCUGUUUCACUUAAAAGAUUUGUGGGAUUGAAAAUCACCUUAAUGAAGCAGGCAGACUUUCUGGUAGUCUCGGAGACCCAGAAAACUUAAUGAAACUUGUUUUAUGUUGCCCAACACUGAAAAGAACUAGGAAGUAAAGGGUGAAAAUCUUAAUUAUUCCUAAAUUACUUUUAAUAUUAGGAUGUACUUUUUCAGUUUAUCUUUUUCUAGUCUUGAGCCUUAUUCUUGUCGAAUCAGCAGAUUCCAGUAUAGAAGUAGAGGCACCUUCUAAGUUAAGUCUUUUAAAGUAAAUACCUGUUAAACCAGAGGUAUUGUUCUGCAUUUGCAGGCAUUCUAAAGUUGAAUGAUCCUGAAACAAAGAGUUAUUUUAUAGAGCAAAGGCAAGUAGUAGUAGUAGAAUAAGCCUCUGUGUGUGAAAUAAGUGUUGCAAGAAAGUUAUCCAAACUAUGGAUUUGAUAAAUUGAUGGAAGUAGCUCUCAAAAUGUUUUAUUUCUCUUUUUAGUAUCUAUUAAACUAGUCAGUUGAAAGCUACUAAUAGAAGUUUUUUAAAGUUAUGUGAUGCUGCCAGUUUGUGUUAUUUGGUUUAAAUUUUAAGAAUAGAAAUUCUAGAGAUAACGCUGUGGAAGCAUCUAAAUGUUUUAGGAAUCUUAAGAGGUUUUAGAAACCACACUUGCUAGGUUAUAACCUGGCCUUUAGUCUUUGUUGGCUAUGUGUGGGACCCGUUUUCCCCUCAAUUAUACAUAAACUUUUGUAUGUAUGGUACUUAAAAGUAAGUUUAGAAGAUCAAUUUGAGCUAAAAUUUCCUGGGAGAGCUCUGAAUUCCCAUAAACAAUCACAACUUUUUACUCUUGAUUUGCUUUUGUUAAAAGUUAAUAAGAUAGUUUUUACAAACACAUAUAAAUUAAAAAACAACUACUCAACAUUUUAGAAGGAACUCAGGGAACUGAAGGCCAGUUUAUGGCCUUUUGUUUCAGUUUUGAAGAGGAAUGAUUUAGUCUCUUAAUCCCAUUCAUCUCAUGCUUUGAUUAAAUUUUAGCUUUGUUCCUUAAAGUGUGCAAAAGAAAUGUAAGUGCAUUUCUAUUCAUCUCAUGCCACUGAAAGCUAUUUAAAAGUGAAACAUGUAUAUUAAUGUGAACUGAUUUGUUUAAACUUUUAUUUUGAUUUUCUUUCAAAUUUUUAAAUAUUUCAUGUCACAAUAUGCAAUCCUAUAUUUUUCAGUGUUUAUUUUAUGAAUAUUAAUAUAAGCUAAUUUUUUUUCUAGAAUGACUAAUUGUGUAACAUUUGUAUUAUGUGAUCAUUUGAAAAACUAAUAAAUAUUUUCUCCAUGAAAAAAA